AUGCCCGCAGCAUCAGCACCUGUCGCAGGAGCAUCCGUAGCGGCAGCUGCCGAAGAGGCACCAGCGGAGGAAAAACCAAAGGAGAAGACUAUAUUCAAUGUCAAGCUCGAGAAGUUUGAUGCAGCCAGCAAGGCGAAAAUAAUUCGAGAGGUGAAGGCAAUCAUGCCAAAUAUGAAUUUGGUCGAGGCCAAGAAGUUCGUUGAGUCUGUCCCGAAGACAUUGAAAGAGAAUGUACCAAAGGAAGAAGCCGAGAAAUUGAUGAAGACACUCAAGGAUCUUGGCGCGACCGUCGUCCUUGAGUGA